CAUUAUCCACAAAUAUGAAUGUUAGGUGCUAAAUUAAGAUAAUUCAUCAAAUGUAAACUUCUUUACCUACAUCUGUCAAAAACGUUUAUAAACGUUCUAUGUUGUGGUUAUAUUGAAAAUAAACCAGAAUAAAACGGUGAAUGGUCGGUUUCCCAAUAAACUAUAUAUUUAUUAACUAUCUAAAUAAGUAAUGGGUUCCAGUAGUAAAAAGUUUAAGGAGAAGGAAAGUAGCAGAAGACGGAAGCGCAGCCCGUCGCAGGAGUCUGAUGCUAACAAGGAGAGACGUCACAAGCACAAAAAACACCACCACAGGGAUAAGCGUCGCGACAAACCGUCCAGGCACGAUUACGAAAGUGACGGGUCCGAUGUGGUGGAAAUCGUGGACGAUGCCUCUCCGCCUAAACGAAGCUCGCAUGAAAAAUCACCGGACGCCGGUCAAAGUCACGAGAGCUUGUCCAUCGAGGAAACGAACAAAUUGAGGGCGAAAUUGGGGUUGAAGCCCUUGGAAGUCACCAGUGAAAGUUCAUCGAAGAAGGAUGACAAAGACGGCAAGAAGAACGACGGUAAAAUUAAGGAUGAUCUGGGUGAAUUUUAUCACAAGCCUGCCGAGAAUCUGUCGCAGAAAAACAAAAGGGAGAAGCUCAGAAGCAGGAUUGCAGAGCACAAGGAGAAGCGGCAGUUGCAGAGCAAAUAUUCCAAGGUUAAAACUUUGGGUGAGAGUGAUAGUGAUGAUGACGCCGAAGCCUGGGUUGGUAAGAGCAGACAAGUGGAGCAGGCAAAAAAGGAUGCUGAGAAGAGAGCAAAAAUGCUUGAAGAACUUGAUGCUCAGUUUGGUAUUGGUGAUGUUAUUGAAACUGAGAAAAGGGAAAGACUACGAAAUAAAUACACAGACAAGGAUUUGAAAGGCUUACAGGUGGAUCAUGAUGUGGAUAGUUUUGCUGAAGAAAAGACUGUUAUUCUCACAUUGAAGGACAAAGGUGUGUUAGAUGAAGAUGGUGAUGAUGUCUUGGUGAAUGUUAACAUGCUUGAUGAUGAACGCUAUAAGAAAAACGUCGAAAAUUCCAAGAAGAAAAUCCUGUAUAAUGCUUAUGAAGAUCAGGAGUUUGAUGAGUUUGGUAAUCCCAAAGAAAAAUCAUUGCUUUCCAAAUACGAUGAGGAAAUUGAUGGUGCUAAGAAAAGUACAUUCAAAAUUGGCAGUGACAAUUCUGUGGAAAGAAAAAUUGCUGUGGCACAGUCUGUUAAAGAGAAGUUGGCCAGAAAGAAACUUGAAACAAUAGCCGAAAAGAAUCUUGUCAUUGCAUCAGAAUAUUACAAUGAAGAAGAAAUGGCUAAAUUCAAGAAACCCAAGAAGAAAAUUAGGAAAAUAAGAACUAAAGGUAAACUGACCGCAGAUGAUCUGGAACAAUCCACCAGCACUGGCAUUGAACAAAUUGGUUCAAGGCGGCCAAAGCCAAAAACCGAACCAGAUCUUGAUAUAGACGACGUUCCUUCAGUCGAAAUUAAAGUGGAAGACAUAAAACUGGAGGACGAGAAGGACGAUAUACUCGAAAAAGCGUUACACAAGGCCAGAAAAAUCAAACAGAAAGAAAACAUAAUUGCCGACAUAAUCGGUAAGACCGAAGUAAAAAUGGAGCCAGAAGAGGAAAUAGACACAGGAAACAUUAUAUUAAAUGCAACCGCUGAGUUCUGCAGAACAUUGGGCGACAUUCCUACUUACGGCAAGGCCGGAAACCGUGAAGAAACUGAAGAGAUCGACAUGGAUUAUGAAAACGACAUGAAAGACGAAAACAGCGACGACGAAGUGCAGAUAAUCGAGCCGACCGGUUGGAAUUCAGUGGAUCCGAACCAGACGAUGAUGAGUGCGAAUAUUGCGCCUCAAGAGGUGCAGAUUCUGGAUGAGGAGCCGGAUGUUAGUACUGGUGUGGGUGCUGCCUUAAAGUUGGCCAUGAGCAAGGGUUAUCUGGACAAGGAGCAGAACAACCGGCCGUCCAACUCUCGACUGGCGCAUUUACAGGCUCAGCAUUAUUCCAUUGAGGACAAAACAUACGGCGAUGAUGGUGGUGACAGAGGUGGUGGCGGCGGUGGCAGAAGAGAGAGAUAUUCGGGCCCGAUCACAGAUUUCAAGGAAAAAGAAGGGUUCAAGCCGAACGUGAAACUGGAAUAUAUCGAUGAUGAAGGGCACAUUUUGAAUUCGAAGGAAGCAUUUAGAUAUCUGUCGCACAAGUUCCAUGGUAAAGGUCCAGGAAAGAAUAAAAUUGAGAAAAGGAUUAAGAAGAGCGUCCAAGAGCAACUGAUGAAGAAGAUGAGUUCGACGGACACGCCACUAGGCACUUUGAAUAUGCUUCAGCAGAAACAGAAGGAGACGCAAAGUCCAUUUGUUGUCUUGUCCGGCAGUAAACAAGGACAAUCUACAGUCAUUUCCAAAACUCGGAGAUAGAUUAUUAUAGUUUAGUUAAUAUACUUGUAUGUUUGUUGUGUAAUUCUUAAUAAAAAUAUUGAGACUU